AUGCCCAGUAAGCAACAGCAUGUACAUCAUGAAGUUGAUGCUUUUCAAGAGGAGGACAUGGAGGGACCAGCGACCAAGGACCCGGUCGCUCCGGAUAUGCGUGGUCCGUUGAAUGUGAAACGAAAUAUGCGUAGGUUGGACUCUAUCGUCCCUACUGUUGGACGAGAGGGUUCAGACAUUCAAUUCAACCUGUACAGGGGUCGAGGAAUAGCUGUAUUCACAUCUGGAGGCGACUCGCAAGGUAUGAAUAGCGCUGUGCGAUCGGUUGUUCGAAUGAGCAUCUAUCUCGGAUGUAAAGUGUUCUUUAUAAAUGAGGGUUAUCAAGGAAUGGUUGAUGGUGGUGAGAAUAUCGUCGAGGCAAAUUGGAACUCUGUCUCCGAUAUCAUCCAAAAACUGUUUGACUAUCCGAAGCACUUUUUUGCGUGGUGCGAUUCACUUAUGUUUACUGGUUUGCAGGGCGGAACGAUUAUUGGGUCGGCACGUUGUUCUGAGUUCCGCAAAAGAGAAGGUCGUUUAAAGGUGAUUAGUAUGGUAUUCUACUUAUCUUUACCCUUGUUUUUACCACAAAAUUUCAAAGACAUUUGA